GUUACACUUCCGUGAAGUCCUGUGCACGUGAAAACGUUUGACAUUGCGCGACACUUUGUGUAGAGGAUGGAUCCUGGUGGAGAAUAAAACCUUUUUGAGUGUGGAAACAAAGUAAUUGCUAUGGCUUCGUUCUGUGCAAAGCUGUGUCUUCAAUGCAGAAGUCUUCCUUUCUCCAAGACAGUGGCUCGUACCUGGAAGUGCUUCCCCCCUGCUCACCAUUGCACUGCGUAUACAAGAAUACCUGUCAAAUGUCUACACGGAUUCGCAGUUAUUAGUGAGGAUGAAAAAAAACCAUCUCAGGCAAGGCUGAGGUGGAAACAGCAUAUUUUGCGCAAUUGUAACUUCUCUACUGAACAUCGGGCAACCGAGGUUAAGGAAAACAAGGAGACUGAAGAGCUGUCAAAAGCCAGUGUUGUAGCAUACAAGAACCCCUUACUGCCCAUCAGAGAUGCGCUGCCAGUGACCGAAAGCCAGAUGUCUUUAGAUCUUGAUGCUGCUGCUGAAUUUUCAGCAUUAGAGCAGAUUGGUGAUGAAGAGGCUAUCGGUAUAUCUGUUCCCUCUCACAUGCCUCCAGCCUCCACGUCUUUAAGAGACUAUGUUGACCAGUCUGAGACACUAAGCAAACUGGUACAGCUAGGUGUGAACCUAUGGAAGCUUGAACAAAGGCCUAAUGUAGGGUCCAUGCUGCUGAGGCUGAACUUUAAUACCGACGUGGCCCCGAGGCUGCUGUUUCUCAAAGAAGUGGGAGUGGAGCACUCUCGCUUUGGCUAUAUCAUCACACACAACCCCUUCAUCCUCACAGAGAGUUUGGAAAACCUACAGUCCAGGGUGAACUAUCUUAGAUCAAAGAAGUUCAGCUCUGAGACAGUUGCCUCCAUGGUGUCCAGAGCACCAUAUCUGCUUAACUUUAGUGUGAAGAGGCUUGACAACAGACUGGGGUUCUAUCAGGAGCAUCUCAACCUCAGUGCAGCAAAUACACGGGACAUUGUAGCUCGUCUGCCCAGAUUACUGUGUGGCAGCUUGGAGCCGGUUAAAGAAAAUUUAAAGGUGUGUGAAAUAGAGCUUGGCUUUAAGCAAAAUGAGAUCCAACAUAUAGCUAAAGCUGUCCCGAAAGUGCUGACGGCUAAUAAAAGGAAGCUAACCCAAAUAUUUGACUUCCUCCACAACACCAUGAAGGUGCCCCACCACCUGAUCGCCAAGUUUCCACAGGUUCUCAAUGCCAAGUACUUGCGGAUCCGGGAGCGCCACCAGUUCCUUGAAUACCUGGGCAGGGCUCAGUACGAUCCAACGAUGCCCAAUUACAUCUCACUGGAACGCCUGGUUUCUCUGCCGGAUGAGAACUUUUGCAUUGAGUUGGCUCUGGCCACUUUGGAAGAAUUUGAUUUGUUCCAAAAGACACUUUAAUUCCUCACAAGUGGACGAUCGAAUGGUCUUAUAAAACAAGUGGUCAAGAACAUUCAAUAUGUAACACAGUAUCAGAACCAUGCAGGCAUUACAUUUGGACAUACAGAGCAUCAACUAAGUUUGCAUUGCAACAUUUGUUUUGUAAAUAUGAUGUUAAAUAAAUGUAUACAAUAUAUA